GUUUCGUGUUUCGGGCAAGGAGCCAGGUGGUCUUUUUUCUGUCGAGACACAUGGAAAGCCUCUCCCCCACAAAACUAGGGGACUGGCAGUACAUAAAAGGGUUAAUUAUAGUAAUUCGGCUCUCAGGUUCUGUAAUUUGCAGGAAGUAUUGGCUCUGCAGGCUUUGGCUAUUCCCACCUAUGCCUGAGAGCAUGGGAGGCACAGCCCUUAAUGGCUAAUUCCUAGGCCAUUGGCUUUUUGAGAUAACAGUCAUAGUUCCAAUAUCAAUGAGUCUUGUCAGAGUCACUUUGCAUUGGCAUGUGACAAGAUUUAAUAAGCUCUGUCCAAAAAAAUCUGUGGGACACCUGUAGAACCAAACCCACCCCCUCUCUGUUCAGCUAUCGGGGGUGCAGAUGGGGGUGCUGCCAGGAAAAGUAUGAGUUGGGCUAUAUUGCUCCUGGCUGGGACCACACAGGGCAGCUGGGGGGGUCCAAGCAUCAUCUUUAUCUCUCCAACUGAGUCAGAGUCAAUAACUCCUGGCAACCCAAAUAAUCCUGUUAUUGAGGUGGAUUAUCUACCUACAAGCAAAGCAUGGUAACCAGGUUUAAGGGUCUAAAAAUUCCUGUAGGGAGACAAAAUACUGAGCAAUCAGUUAAUGUUACUGUGUUACUGGUUGAUAUGUCCAGUCUGGCUCUCCCUGGGGUGGCUGGGCGUAGGUCAGAGAUGGUCCGGCGUGGGGGGGCUGGGCCAGUUGGAAGCUGGCAGCUGGUCCUGGUUGCUGCAUCUCCUGCUGUGUUGGCUGUGAGAUUUGUGUCUGCAUGUGUCACUGUCCUGUGCUCUGAGAUGAUGAGUUUCCCUGUAAAGGCUGGCCAUUCUGGUGGAACUUGAAGCUGCAUAGAUUAGCAUUAAUUUCUGAGUGGCCUAAGGGCUCCCAUUGUGGUUUCCCCCCCCCCUCAGGCUAAGUCACACAGAUUUCUAUCGAAGUAUCAAAGUCUCUGUCCUUAAGGGCUUUCUUUUUUUAUCUGUAGCCAAUUGUUAUGUGUAUGCAAAGGGAAUAAGUCCAGGUCAUUUUUGGGGCCGGGGUUGAAAGGGUCCAGUUCCCCUUCACUGUCAGUGUCCACCACGUAAGCGUCCUAUCUGGCGGCUCUGGGAUCACUGGCAGUAUAGCAGUGAGGCUGGAGGGGUUGACUGGGCUCUAUCGCUGGCGCUUGUUAGGGAGGGUGUCCGGAUGGGGGAUGGGUAGCAGGACCUGGGCAGGUUUUGGUCCAGCACGGUAGCCAGGGCUGUCUCAGAGGUAGUCUCGUGAGCAGCCUCACCACCCCCUGUUGCCGCUGAAGAUGAAUAGAUCACACUGACACAGGUCGAGGUGUGGUGAAAAGAAGAAAAGAGUUUAUUUUUCCUCCCAGGAUUUAUAGGCUUCUGACCACGGCCAGGGAUUGGAUGGUCAGGAUAACACUUUCUCACUGCACUGGCCAUGAGAGAUGUUCAUCACAAGAUGUGUAACAGAAAGAAUGUACACAUAUCUAUGUUUACAGUUACUGUCCUGGGAAAACUAUGUUAGCAAGCUCAGAAGCUGAGUUUUCAGGGCGACAACCCCCCUACCUUUUGUGUCCAUGACCAUCCUCCAAGCAGGGAGCAUUUGCAGCUCUGGCUCUUGUCCAGGGAGGGUGCCCAGGUCAUAGAGCUUAAUGCCAACCUUGUCCCAGAAGCAGAGGGUAAAAGCAGAAGAGGGAGUGGCAUUGGGAAACAUGCGUGACACCUGUGGUAAAAGUGACUUAAAGUUGUGCUUUAGGAUGGGGGAUCCAUGCUUGCACAGAAGAACGAGCAUGGUUUCAUUAAUGUCUCUCUAUUCGGGCACAUUCCAUCCCAUAGUUUUGUUCCCCUGGCUCACCUGUCACAUCGCAGCUGAUCAGGUGUUUGUGGGCCCACACAUGGUUCUCUCACCACCACGAUGCCAUGAUCAGUUCCGGGGUGUCUUAGUUUAGGGUAAAUUAGGGAGGAAAACUCUAAAUGGGGAUUUCCCCAGGGAAAUGCUCCUUCUUCACUAACUGGUUUGGGAAAGGGAAAAAAAAUUCUUUGGAGAGAAGUGGAAAAAACUUUUUAUUUAUCAGAAAUUGAAUAAUAUUAAAUAAUAAAACUUCUCGCUGUUCGAUGGGAUGGCAAGUCUAGGAAGAAAAGUCCUUUUCAUGUGGUGUAGCUCGGCUCACUCAGGUUCUUAUCAGUCCCUCCGGCGCUGGAAAGUGCCGAGGCCCAGGCCCCGGUGAGCCAAAGGCAUGAGCUCCCGGGAUUUGGCUGGGUGUUCAGUCUAGAGCAGGCUUGCACAGAUCCAAGAAAAAAAAAGAAAAAAACCCAAAGAUUCAGGGAACUCCUCUGCCUCAGCUAGCUAAAACUAACUAACUGUAAAAGAGAAGCUCUGUCCCGCUGUCUGUCUGUGCUGCAGACACCACAGUCCAGGAGUGGGAUGUGUGGGAGUGAUGUUUUUCCUUAACACAAACUGCGCGUUUCUUCUUCCUUCUCUCUUGCUCUUAAAGCCAGUCUUAAAGGUGCAGAACUUAAUAUAUAACAUAAACCAGACAAUUGGGGAUACCAGUAUCAUAAAGUCACUCUAGGACAUGGGGUCACGCCGACUGCCACCAGUUAGGCCGGUCCUUUUCCUCAAAUGGUGCGCCAAUUAUCAGUGAUGAAGAGAUAUGGGGAUAACUGCCUCGGUGAUCGGAAUCCAACUUUACUGUGGGCUACAUAAGCUUAUAUACCAUUCUAGGAAAGCUAGUAAUUUUUUACUACAAUGGUUGAUUUAAACAUCAUACAAACAUACAGACAUACAUGUAUAUUUCAACACUGAUUCAGUCUUCUCCUUGUCGCCAGGCCUGAUUCAGUCUUCUUGCAAUCUUCAAAGCUCUGUUUGUUCCUGCCAAGGUAUCCUGGCUAUCAGAUCUCUUAUGCUAAUCAAGUCCAAAGUACUUUCCGAUUUCACUAUAGCAAAACAAUGACCUUGGCUAUUGGCGUAUUCUUUGGAACAUCAACAGAGAAUGCAAUGGUUGGGCCAAAACUGUUAACUCCCCAUCACAAUUCAUUGAGAGGACUGAUGAAUAGACAAUGAACUGUAGAGUACUAUUUCUGUCCUUGCCUAUAAUUAAAAAUUCUUGCUUCUUCCAUGAUGUUCCAGUGACCCCUGUGGGAAUGGCUGCAUGACUCAUUAAUGAAGCAUAUUAAUUUGGAAGCUGCCAAUUCGCAUUGCGCCCCUGGUGGCAGCAGCUCUGGAUCACUUGGGAAGUUGCAGAUGGUCCUGCAGAUGGAGUCUCAUUGAGGUUCCCCACAAAUUGUGUUCCUUGAGGGGUUUCGGACUGUUGAGUUACCACCAUCACUUGUGUCGUAGCAUGUUGGCAUCCUGCACUCUUCUUCCCUUUUCCCGGAAAGGGUAGGAGUUUUCCAUCCACAUUCGUCUUGGAAUGAUAUUGACUUGCAUAAUGUUUUCCUCUUCUACAUCUUGGGCAAAGGCCUGGCACUUUCACGUUUCCUGAAGACUCUGAACAAGUCUUCCUGAUGUUUUCAUGUUUUCCACAUUUGAAGCAAGGCUUCUUGGACAAUUCGGUUGCCAUGACUUCUGAGGAAUUUCCCUGUUGAGAAAUCAUGUUGAGCGCUGCAAGAAUUCUUGUGAAUCUCUCAUCAGGCGCUUCAAGAAGUUUUUCAAAUUUUUCUCCCAGGACAUCUGCAUGAAUUGCUGCAAUGUGCUGAGGCAUGCCUACUUUGUUGAAAGCUUCUGUCAUUUGAGGCAAGGUUGGCUGUGGACCAGGCAAAGCGCUGAUGAUGCGUUUGUACUCAGUGUUGGCAUUUGCAAAAGCGAGACUUUGGAUGAGGAGUGGUUUUGCGGCCUCAUCACUACAUUGUCUCUCCACUGUUUGCAUGAGGUGAUCGAUGAAUGAGGUGAAGGCUCAGAAUCGCCUUGUUUCACUUCUGUGUAAAUGCCCUCUGGGAUUCCAGCUGGCUGGAUUUGCAGGAUUGUCUUUCGCGCUGUGUUUUUGAUGUUUGCAAUCACUUGUUGAGGCAGUUCUGCAGCUUGAUCUUAAGGUUUGUCAUGAGGAUCCUCUCCUGCUAGAUGAGCCAAUGUGAGGGCUGCAUUUGGGCCUCCAGCAUAAGUAUUUAACAAUUGCAUGAGAGCUCUGUGCCAGUUUACAUCCCAUAGCAUGUACUAUGAGUCUGUUAGAAUUGUAGAGGCAAUGUACCUACAAUCAUAAGGUACCAAGUCAUAAUUUUUGAAUGUGCCUCUCAACAGUUGUUUGAAAUAUGGAGAAUUUAAUCCAUUGUCUUUUAUGGCUUGCAUCGAGUCUUUGAUGACAUCAUGAGUCAGAGGCUCCCAACUGGGAUUUUCAUUUUGCCUGCCAUAUCUCACUGGUAGUGCCAUGACUUCUGUUUCAGCCAUGUCAAAACUCUUUUAAGUGCUUUUUUUCUGAUGUCUGCCCAAUUCGUCAAAAUGGGUUCAAGUCUUGCAACAUGCCUUGGAAGACGAGGCACCAAAGCUCUGCUUGUGUCUUCUCCUCGCUUGAAGACUGUAUCAUUCAUCUCGUUGAACUCUCCCUCUCUAGAGCAAGGGAGUAGUCAUUUGCUGUCUUGCAUUAGAUGAUGUUGAAGAUGCAGUAAAAGAAUUCACCACAGGUGGUGCUCCAAUAGGAGGCCGGAUCUCUUGUUGACCACAGGAUGGCGCUGGCUGAGGAGGUAUAGAGAUUGUUUACAGAGGUUGAGUUGCCAUCUGAAGCUAUAAGCAAGUCCCUUAAACAGUCCUUCAACUGAAGAAAAAAGUUCCAGAGGAAUUCUCUCGGAAAUGUAGGCAACAGAGAUGAACGAGAUGAGGAGUUGACUGGCUAUCUCAUGGAUGAAGGGCCAAACCAGCCUCAUGACUUUGACGAAUGCAGGUUUGAUAUCAGUGUAAAUGACAGUGUUUGGUACCUCCGAGCUCAGGACCCAGACCACAGACAACAGUGGGUAGAUGCAAUAGAACAACACAAGACUGAGUCUGGCUAUGCAUCAGAGUCAAGUUUACGACGCCAUGGCUCCAUGGUGUCUCUUGUUUCUGGAGCAAGUGGAUACUCUGCAACAUCCACCUCUUCAUUCAAGAAGGGCCAUAGCUUACGUGAGAAGCUUGCAGAAAUGGAAACCUUUAGAGACAUCUUGUGUAGACAAGUUGAUACUUUACAGAAAUACUUUGAUGCCUGUGCAGAUGCAGUUUCCAAAGAUGAACUCCAGAGGGAUAAAGUGGUAGAAGAUGAUGAAGAUGAUUUUCCUGCGAUGCGUUCUGAUGGGGAUAUUUUACAUAACAGUAACAGCAGUAAGGAAAAAUUGUUUCCAUAUGUGACACCCAAAGGAAUUAAUGGCAUAGACUUUAAAGGAGAAGCUAUAACUUUCAAGGCAACUACUGCUGGAAUCCUUGCUACACUCUCUCAUUGUAUUGAACUCAUGGUAAAACGUGAAGAAAGCUGGCAAAAAAGACUAGAUAAGGAAACAGAGAAAAGGAAAAGAAUUGAAGAAGCAUACAAAAGUGCUGUGACAGAACUGAAGAAAAAGUCCCACUUCGGAGGGCCAGACUAUGAGGAGGGUCCUAAUAGUCUGAUUAAUGAAGAAGAAUUCUUUGAUGCUGUUGAAGCUGCUCUUGAUAGACAGGAUAAAAUGGAAGAACAGUCUCAAAGUGAAAAGGUGAGAUUAUACUGGCCAAUAUCUUUACCUCCUGGAGAUGCAUAUUCUGCUGUGGGGACUCAUAGAUUUGUCCAAAAGCCCUAUAGUCGCUCUUCCUCCAUGUCUUCCAUUGAUCUAGUCAGUGCCUUUGAUGUUCACAGAUUCAGCAUCCAGGUGGAAGAGAUGGUACAAAACCAUAUGACAUAUUCCUUGCAAGACGUAGGAGGAGAUGCCAAUUGGCAGCUAGUGGUAGAAGAAGGAGAAAUGAAGGUGUACAGAAGAGAGGUGGAAGAGAAUGGAAUCGUAUUAGAUCCUUUGAAAGCAACGCAUGCCGUUAAAGGGGUAACAGGACAUGAAGUUUGCCACUACUUCUGGAAUGUUGAUGUUCGUAAUGACUGGGAAACAACAAUUGAAAAUUUCCAUGUUGUGGAAAAUUUAGCUGAUAAUGCCAUCAUCAUUUACCAGAUGCAUAAGAGAGUGUGGCCGGCUUCUCAAAGGGAUGUGCUAUAUUUGUCUGCCAUCAGAAAAAUACCAGCAUUCAGUGAAAAUGAUCCUGAAACAUGGAUUGUUUGCAAUUUCUCUGUGGAACAUGACAGUGCUCCUAUGAACAAUCGUUGUGUCCGUGCCAAAAUAAAUAUUGCUAUGAUUUGUCAGACUUUAGUAAGCCCUCCAGAAGGGAACAAGGAAAUAAGCAGGGACAAUAUCCUAUGCAAGAUUACAUAUGUAGCUAAUGUGAACCCAGGAGGAUGGGCACCAGCAUCAGUGUUACGGGCAGUGGCAAAACGAGAAUAUCCAAAAUUCUUAAAGCGUUUUACAUCAUAUGUGCAAGAGAAAACAGCUGGAAAGCCUAUUUUAUUCUAAUAUUAGCAGUGAUCAGAACAAGACUGGGUGAGCAUUCCACCUUGAAGUGACCGAUAAGUGCAUAGAGCACUCCAUGUUGGAACAAAGGAUCUAUAGUCUUUUUAGAGUUUCUAGGGUUUGUAUACUGAAGUAAAGAAGCGCUGCAUUACUAUGAGGCUGAAUAUUUAACACUAGCUCUCUCCUAAAUUUUUUUGUGGAGUCGGUGUGUAAUUAUCAAUAGAUGUUUUGAUAACAUGCAUAUGGCUAUUUUGAUUGCUUUAGAAGAGGAAGAAUGUGUACAGCUUUGAAUCACCAAUAGGGGUUACUGCUUUAAUUUUAAACAACUUGCAGAAUUUCGCUGUCAACAUUCCUAAGAUACUAGUGCAGUUUUUGUGCAUGUCUAAAAAGCACAAAAGACAAAUGCACAUAUAGCAUUCUCUAAGUGCUUUAUGUGUGCAAAAAUUUUGAGUAUUUUGGUGGGGAGGGAGGGAGUUCAGUAAAGCCUAAGUGACUUAUUAACAGGUUUUGUUUUGCUUUGUAUAAUCAUAGUUCAUUGCCAUUUGUUUCUAUAAUGAAUCAUCUUGUUACAUAAAAUGUCAGGUAAUAAUUGAGGGCUGUCAGUAUCUUUAUGACUUUGCCUUUUCUAUUGUCUUACUCUUAUGACGAUCUUUGGCUCUGAAGGAGUGAGAGUGUGUAAAGCUUUAUUUUUUUUCCAGGUAUAUUUCUAUUGGAUUUUUUAGUUAUGCAGUAUGUGCUACAGAAAUUUUGCUAUUAAACAUGAUCCAGAAAUUUCUAGGAAGAUUCUAUAUGAGAGGGAAAGACAGUGCCUGAAAGCUAGAAGUCAUCUGUUCAUUAUAAAUGUGGACUGCUUGCUUUCAUGAUAUCUGGGGCUUUCCCAAAGCUGUGAGAAGGUACACUAGAAUAUUUACUGAAGUAAUUUGGACUACAUAGGACAACAUUCCCACCCUAGAAUGAGGAUGAGUACAUUAUUUUCAGAUCCUGCAUGUUUUUCUCAUCUUGAUAAAGCCAUGCUAUGAGGUUCAUGCAGAAAAUAAGUUGCACUGAUAGUUGCCUCGAUCAAAAACUCAUCAGUUAUAAGGAUGUAUAGUUCAUACUGGAACGUUCUGUCUAUUUGUUAUGAGAAUUCAUGUCAGAUAUUUCCCUGCCUCUGAUUCUGGAUAUGCUCAUUAAGAGAAGUCUCUGGCAGACUAGUACUGACUUGGAGGUCUUUUAUCCAUAUCCUGUAGCUGGAAAUUCUUCAGAGACUGCUGGGUGUUUCAUCGAUCUGUGUAACUCAAGAAAAAAGUUCCAGGUUUAUUUUUUUUUCUCAAAAGAAAACUGAAAUUCUUGUUUGAUAUAGUAUGGUAGGUAACUAAAAAUAAAUAAAAAAUAGUAAUUUAAUAAAUAUUUGGUGAAUGAUU